GGCGAAUCAAUCUCGGCCGUCCAUUUAAGGGCACACGAUUCCCAUCCUUUAAAACCCUACUCUUCUGCCCCGUCUCUUUCCUCCUAGCGCCAGGGUUUUCCUCGCAGUGCAGAUCGACGUUGGUUUUCUUCCCUCGUCGCUGAAUCGUAAGGUCCAGAUUUGUCAAAAUGUAUAGUUCAAGGAGGAAAAUCCAGAAAGACCAGCACGCAGAACCCACUGAGUUUGAGGAUACAGUUGCUCAGGCACUGUUUGAUUUGGAGAAUACCAAUCAAGAGCUUAAAAGUGACUUAAAGGACCUUUUCAUUAAUUCUGCAGUUCAAAUUGAUGUCUCUAGCAAUCGCAAGGCUGUUGUUAUUCAUGUUCCUUAUAGAUUGAGGAAAUCUUUCCGCAAGAUUCAUGUUCGUCUUGUGAGAGAGCUUGAGAAAAAGUUCAGUGGCAAGGAUGUUGUCCUGAUUGCCACCCGAAGGAUAGUGCGUCCACCAAAGAAAGGUUCAGCUGUUCAGCGACCGCGGUCGCGCACACUUACUUCUGUGCAUGAUGCCAUGCUUGAGGACAUUGUGUGUCCUGCAGAAAUUGUGGGAAAGAGAAUCAGAUACAGAAUUGAUGGGUCAAAAAUAAUGAAGGUAAUUUAUGAUCAUUAUGAAGGGCUUGUUGAGAUCAUAGUGGGUGUGGAGAGAAUAGAAAAUAACAAUAAUGUUUUGUUAUUUUCUUCUACUCUUCACUUUCUAAUGUAUUCUGUUGACCUGGUGGUGUUUUUUCACAUUGCCAGAUAUUCCUAGACCCUAAAGCAAGAAAUGACACAGAGUACAAGCUGGAGACCUUUGCUGGCGUAUACAGAAAGCUCUCUGGGAAAGAUGUUGUGUUUGAAUAUCCGAUAACAGAGGCUUAAGAGCUGCUGUGGCUUGUCAUUUUUUUAGUAUUGCUUUUAAUAGGGAACUAUUAAAAAUUUUUGUUUGAGAUUUUGGCCUUUAUGUCUUUUUAACUUGGAACAUGGAAACAUUUUUCUGUUGACUUUAUAUCCUGGGAGAAUACUGGUUGUAGAACCUUGUGCUUUUUAUUUUCUUCGGUUGAAAGCUAUUUAUGGCCUUUUUGUUAA